AUGCCUGCGCUGUGUCAGGAAGUCCUCAACCACAUCAUCGGGUACAUACCGCACAUCAUGGACGGAAACUCCGCCAAGGAAACGCUCAAACGCACAUCGGUUGCCAGCAAGGCGACUCGUAUCUGUAGCCAGAGUUUGCUGUACCGCAAGAUCUCGAUUUGGUCUCCAAAGCGAUGCACCGAUUUCGCGGACAUACUCCUUACAUCUCCACACCUCGCGGGCGGUGUCCGUGCCCUGAAAAUCACGACCAUGUACGAUGCGGACCCUCAAGUCAUGAUGAACGCGUUCACUCUAAUCUUCAAAGGUUGCCGAGCGAUCACUGCGCUCACCUUGGUGUGCUGCGACGGCAAGCAGUUCGUGGACAUCCUAUUGCCCGGGAUUCUAUCCUCCUACUUUCCUUAUCUCAACCGUCUAGAGCUCGUCCGAUGCAGGAUCGGUAACCACGACGAUCUCGCGUGUGCGCUCUCUUGCAUGCCAGCUUUGUCCGAGCUGCGAAUGAAGACGACUUGUGUACAAGCGCAAGCGCCGUCCGAACCUUACGCGCUUCCGCAGGCUGAGUGGACCUGGUCUUAUCUCAACCUCUCAGUGCUGGCUCUCGAGACGUACACCUUGUUCACUCUGUCCCAGCUUAAAACUUUCACGCAUGGUUUCCUCGCGGUUGAACGCCUCGAGAUGACCGUCAAGGACAGCCUCAGCUACGAACUUCUCUGCAAGAUGGUCAAGGAAAAGCGCGUGAAGAGCCUCGUGCUUACCCUCAUCUGGUUCCCAGGCGACGGUAGUGCCGUUCGGGAAGACCUCUUCGAUUCCUUUGGACAAGAUAGCGCCGGAAGUGCCUUGACGUCGCUGACUCUGAAAGGGAACGGGCUCUCACUCUGGGCGAGCCAGUUCCUGGACGCCGUCGACGCCAAUCAGGUCCAGUCGGUGAGCCUCGUCCUCCCCCACGAUGCGCACGAGGAAUCCUGGUGGAUGCUCGAUUGGGAGGCCGUGGACGCCCUACUCGGCUCCCCGAACAAGUUCCCUGUUCUGGAGAAGAUCACGAUACGCUUGGACGGCUGCUACGUGCCACGCCCCUACUAUACUUUGCACGCCAUUCGCGAAACCGUACUCGAGGGGAUGCCGAAGUCACACGAGCGAGAAAGCUUCCGUAGGAAAACGCUUGUCAUUGAAUCCAUGCUUCGCUCCGAGGGCCAGAGCGCUUACGACCCGCAAAUGCCUCUUGCGCGCACACAACACAAGAACCCUCCCUUGUUCUUCACGGAUCCCAUUCAUUCGUGCAACUACCACAAAAACAACAAUUGA